UGUGUGAACACUGAACACACAUGUAAAUGCUCAGCAACAAGGCAUCCAGUUGGAAUCAAAUAUAGACUUAGAACAAAACUUACAGCAAGAAGGCAUCCAGUUGAGAUCAAAUAUAGACUCUAGAACAAAACUUACUUUGUAUUGCUGCAGGAAGAACAUCAACUAUCAUCCAGAGCUGUCUACAUGUCUGAGGAAAAUACCACAGGAAAACGAAUGUCUGAAAUAGAGAGGAGAUUUCUUGAUACAUUUCUGUUUUGGGCAACUAAAAAAGGAAUGAUUAAGGAUGGGAAGUUGCGAGGACGCGGAAUGCAAGUAGUAGAUACUGUUUCGGGGCCAAGGGCAGACUUAUCUUCUGCUGAAGUCAAACACGGUUAUGAGUUUCUCCUUUCGCUGGUUCCAGGAAGGUGGCCUUUACCAAAUUUAUGCAGCCCAUUGUUUAAGAAGUUCAUCGAGUACAUCCUUCAGAAUGUGAAGGAUCUUUUCAUCAACAAGAAAGAGCUGAACAAGUUUGAUCUUCUAAAGAAAGAGUUUCAAGUCCUUGAAGAUAGUCUAAAGUAUCUGAAAACCUUCCUCAAUUUCAUAAAAGAUGCAAGCAUGGAACUAGAGAAAUCUGGAAUUCUCUUUAAUCAUAUGGAGGUUGUCACUAGGGAUGCUGCUUACAUCUGUUACCUAUGUCAUGUGGAAGAAAUGGACGAAGACGUGGCAUCUCACUUGAGACUUAAGAUCUCAAAUGUUUUGCAAGAGAUCAAGCCCAUUAAGCCCCAAGUUGCAAGAAUUUAUACAGGAGCACUAAGAUGUUUGGUUAAAUCACAAAUCCAGUACAAUCGGGAUGUGAUAAAAUUUGUUGAUGAUUCCAUUCAUUUUCUCUUCAAGGAUUUGUUGGAGUUAUCAAAUGGUGAGACAUGUUCUUCGAUGCUUCCUCCUAUGAAAGAUCAAGCCGAAAGCCUUCUCCAAGCAUCAAAGCAAUUGCUAACUUUGUUCAUCUAUCCGCCUGAAGAUCUAUCUGUUGACCAGGGGAAAUUGAGGGAUAUAGUUACUUACGUUGAAGGUCUUAUUGCUGAGGUUGCAUUUGUUGCUUACUCUUUCUCCAUUGACAAAGCAGCAGAAGUUACCUUUGUAUGCUCUGACUUGUUUAAAAAGAUUGACCUUGUCAUGGCAGACCUAAAAGACCUGAUCAUGGAAGCUCCAUUGUCAUCAAAAUGUAGUUUCCCAAGGACAAAUGGAUCAGGCUUUAUUAAGUCGCUCUUAUGCUAUCUUAAAGAGUUGCUGCAAGAUGGAAAGUAUGAUUCUGCUGUCAAGCACCUUAUUGCAGAAGCCCAGGGGGAGUUAUCUCUCUUGUUGGAGAAAGUUGGGGAGAAAAAACAUGACUUUGAGGAGGUAAAGAAACGUGAUCUUUGGACAAAAGUGAUAGCUCUAGCAUACCAGGCAGAAUGCGUAACUGAUUGCCUGGUUAUGGGAGACUAUCCUGUUUGGUAUCGGCAUUUGUUAUGUAAGAUCACAACAGAAAUUAAGCUUGUCAAUGAUCAAUUAACAGAGCUCCAUGUGCAAGAAGUUGAAGUCCCCGUCAAACAAGAGGCAGCAGAUCCUGUCCCACAAGGAGUUGAGACUCCAGGGCACGAUGAGGUAGUGGUGGGAUUUGAUGAAGAGGCAGAGUCACUAAUAAAGCAGCUCACCAGAGGAUCAAAAAAAUUAGAUAUUGUGUCUAUUGUAGGGAUGCCGGGUCUUGGAAAGACUACACUAGCAAAGAAAGUUUAUCAUGAUGAAGCCAUAAUGUACCAUUUUGACGUCCAAGCUAGGUGUUGUGUUUCCCAAACUUAUGAUAGAAGAAAAUUGUUGCUGGAAAUUUUGAAUCAAGUUCGAUUUUCCAAUCAACAAAAUGUGAAAGAUCCAGCAGAUACUUUAAGAAGAUUCUUAAAAAGUAAGAGGUACCUUCUCUGCAUUGAUGAUGUAUGGAGUGUUGACACUUGGGAAGACUUGAGAGGAUGUUUCCCGGAUGAUGACAAAGGAAGCAGGAUACUAUUAACCAGCCGAAAUAUUGAGGUGUCUUCCAAAAUUACCCCUAAUCUUUUUCAACUUCCUUUUCUUUCUGCGGAGAAGAGUUGGGAACUCUUGCAAAUUAAGUUAUUCAACGAUCAAACUUGCCCGUCAGAACUAUGCGAGGUAGGAGGUCAAAUUGCAAGAAACUGUCAAGGACUACCUCUCCUGGUGAUUUUGGCAGCUGGUGUUUUGACAGGGAUAGAAAAAAAGGAGGAAAGCUGGAGGAAAAUUUCAGAAAGUAUAAAUUCAGAUACUGUCAUUACUGCAAAGUGCUUAGAUAUAAUAGAACUGAGCUACAAGCACUUGCCAGAUCAUCUCAAACCCUGCCUUCUCUAUUUUGCAUCAUUUCAGGAGGAUGAAGAAAUUUCAUUCUCAAACUUGGCUUGGUUAUGGACUAUUGAGGGAUUUGUUAACACAGAGGCAAAGAGUGUAGAGCUUGUUGCAGAAAGUUUUCUGAAUGAUCUCAUCGGUAGAAGCUUAAUAAUGGUCAGCAAGAAAAGGUCCACCGGAGGAGUCAGAUCAUGUCACAUUCAUGAUAUGUUGCAUGAUUUUUGUGUGACAAAAGCUAAGGAAGAGAAGUUUAUACAGAUAACGAGCACCGGGAAGACUGAUUUGUCUAGUUCCUUUUAUGAGCACAGGAGGCUUUGCAUUCAUCAUAGCCUUUAUUGGGCAGGGAGGAUUGGAAACCUACAAGUUCGGUCUGCAUUCUUCAGACCCCCGAAAUCUGGCUGCCAGAAAUUUUUUGAUCUCGAGAACUUUAAACUGCUAAGAGUUCUACAAAUGCAAUGUCCUGUGUCGGAAAGUUCAUUCCAGGGAUCGAAAGAGCUUAUUCUUUUGAAGUUCUUAGGAAUCAAAGGCUACGUGGAAUCAAUGCCAUCAUGGAUAUCGAACCUUUCAAACCUUGAAAUAUUGCUUGUAACAACAGUAGGCAGUGGUACAAUAAUGCCGAUGACCAUCUGGAAUAUGCCAAGGUUAAAGCAUGUCCAUGUAGAACCCGUUGUAUCUUUUGAUGAACACAUUCCUCGCAAAUCGACAAACAUAUGUUGCAUAGAGACCUUGGCCACAGUAUCUCUCACUAAUAAGCAAGCAGAUUACAUGAUCAAGAAGGCAACCAAACUGCGAAAGCUCAAGUGCCACUGUAAAGAACCUCUCAAGCUCAGAUUAGAUGUUCUUCAACUUGAAUCACUCAGUGUGAAUGGUAGGAUCUUGAAGUUCAGCUUGCCCUCGACACUGACAAAGCUAACUCUAUCAGAUGUUUCAUUGCCGCAAAGUGAAAUGUCUAAUAUCGGGAGCUUACCAAAUUUAGUGGUUCUCAAGUUGGAGCAUAAAGCAUUUCAGCAGGGAAGAUGGGACAUUGAAGAUGAAGAGUUUCCGACCCUCAAGGUUCUUAAAUUGAGGUCGCUCAAAAUUACAGAAUGGAAUGCCUCCGCCGAGUCCUUGCUCAACCUCGAGCAGCUUCUUGUAGAAAGCUGCUUCCGUCUUGAAGAAAUCCCUUCUUGUAUUGGAGACAUUUCAACACUAAAGAUGAUUGAAGUGAAACGAUGUGGUGAGUCUCUUGAAAAAUCAGUCAAGCAAAUUAAGGUCGAGCAAGAAGAAGAAUAUGCAAAGGAAAUCAAGGUCCUUAUUAUCACUUAGAUUCGUCAGCCUGACGUGCAUAUAAAAAAGCUGCAACACCGGUUCAACAGAGGCGUGUGAUUGAAAGAUGAAGGAGACAUCAAGCUUCGGCAUAGCCAUGGCUGAUCUUAAUAACCAGCAGUUCCUUUGAGCUGUUUCUUUUGUUUCAUUAAGCACAAUAACAUAUCCAGCUAGAUGGAAGCUGGGGAAGUUGAAGACAUUUUUCUUUUUUGGAUUUGUAUUUGUAUUUCAAAAUAAUUCCUUUGGACGGGUUUACUGCAUUGACAUAUGAACAUUAUUUCUUUCUAUCAUAUUUUAGAUGCUUGCA